UUUCACUUUUGACUUUCGGUUCCCUUGUUCAAUGUAAACGAUAUAGUGGAUGAUUUUUGAAACGCGACAUUUUAUAAAUACAUAUGCUUGAUUUAUAUUGCAACAUAUGUAAACAUAUAGAUUAGGUUAUGUCGUCACGUUACAUGCCAGAACUUGUCAAUGUCUAUGGAAACCCUGUAAUAACAAAACUCAAAUUCACGAUACGGCAAUUUAAUUCAUAUUACGAGAAUGAGAAUGUUGCGUCUUAUUACACGCGAGAAAUUACAUCACAACGUUUUUAUAAGCAGUAUAACAGGGGUAAAAUCGUGAAAAUGGCAACAUGGGACAAGAUCUCGCAAGCACCUCUCGCGUGAUAUUCGACGAGACGGAUGACAAUGGAUUGAUCUUACCGGCUGAAUUAUUAGCAGAAAUAUUCUGUCGCGCUGAUCAUGGGACCUUGUUGAAUUGCCAAUUGGUGUGCAAGCGUUGGAAGAUGAUGAUACAGAGUUAUAUAUGGCGUAAAAAAGCGGAACUGGCGCUGGGCAAGCCGUUCCCGCGCCACGGGAUACCCUGGCAGGCGUUCUACCUCAUAAGCAAGAUGAAACCGUUUGAGAGAAAUUUGUUGAAGAAUCAUUCCGGCGAGCAGAAAAUGAAAUAUUGGAAUAUUCUCAGCAACGGCGGUGACCGUUGGACGAUCGAGAAUCCACCUGUCGGCGUACCGGAAUUACCAUUGACCGAACCAAUAUUUGAGGAAAAACAAAUCUGCUUCGCAACAUCUUAUCAUAGUUGUACCAAGAAACAGGUUGUAAAUCUAGUGGCUGAAGGAAUCCAUCCCUAUCUCCUGGAUGUUUUGCAGCCACCUAUAAUGGUGAGCGAAUGGUAUUGUUGUCGAUGGGAUUGCCCAGCAACAUAUGAAUGCCAGAUUGAACUAUUAGGAGUUGACAAAGAAGAUAACACAGUGAAAAUCUUAGACAAGUUUCAAUUUCGCGAUACUAUAGAGGGGGAGAGACAGAACCAAUGGCUAUAUGUAUCACAUGUAUUUGAAAAUUAUGGAUCUGGUUUGAGAAAGAUUAGCUUCUUGCAUGGUGGAAUGGACAAAUCAUUUUGGGCAGGACAUUAUGGUAGCAAAAUGGCUGGGGCGAAUAUCUGUGUGAAAAUUCCUCCAUUCACACAUACUUAUGACGAUGAAUCAGAUACUCCUCCAAUCUUAGAUGAAUAGAAAUAUUAUAAAAGUUAUAUUUUCCCAAUGCAAAAUUAAUAUACAAAGAUAUAAAAUUGUGUAAAAAAAAUGAUAUAUUAAUGUAAUAAAAACUAAUUUUUCUACAUAA